AUGACCAUCGACUCCAUCGUCACCGAUCCGGCCCUCCGCUCCUUCCUCCAGACCUCGCAGCAUGCCCGCGAGCAGGCCCUCGGCCUGGCCGACCGCCUGGCUGCAAUCUCCGCCGCCAGCGCGAACGCAAACGCGCCCCUGGCCACCGACGAGCAGAUCAGCCUCUCCAAGGAGCAAAAGCUGCUCAACACAAACCUGUCGCAUCUUCGUGGCCUGCACCGCGCCGCCUACCUCGCCGCACGCGACACCAAAUCACAAACUGCCGACGCCCGCCACGAGGUCGACGUCCUCCACCUGCAGCUGCAGAACCUUUACUACGAGCAGCGCCACUUGCAGGGCGAGAUCGCCGCCUGCGAAACCCACGAUCACGAGUACCAGAAACUCCCAUUGGCCCCUGUCGAAGAGUUUCUCGCAAAGCACCCCGAACACGCCGAAUCGGACGAGAACGCACUCAUGAUCGCCAGGAUAGAGGACGAGCGCGCCGAGCGGGAGGCCCUCGAGCAGCAGCGCCAGGAGCUGCUCAAGAGGAAACAGAAGCUCAUCGCCGAGAACAAGAAGCGCAGGGAGGACCUGGCCAACCUGGACAACGACCUGGAGAAGUUCAUCGAUGCCGCCAAGCCCAUCCAGAAGACGUUCGAGAAGGUGGUAUGA